ACCAUGGCAACAUGUUAGCUUGACAUGCCCCGGGAAGCUACGCGUAGUGAGACGUAAAGAGCAUUCAGGGUAGUUUGCUACGAGUUUAUGACUAGUUACUUGCUUACUGGGUUUCGUAAUAUAAUUUCAAUUAACUGGACAAAGUUAUCUAGUUGUUCUUUCCUCUGGAAGAAACAGGAAAUGGCCUUACUUCAGUGGGAAGCGCUAUCGCAGCAACAAGUCGCAGAUCUACUGCACGGGACGGCGGAGGACGUUCAGUCGGAGCUGACGAGGAUCCUGGGUUUUAACAGUCACCAGACAUGUAUGAAGGAGGCUGCUCUUCUGGACUACUAUGUGCGCGGGUUCUGGUGGGCUAAAGAGGCCGGACUCACACCUACACAGGUCUCCUUUACCAUGGCGGUCCUACACGUGCUCCUGGACAACAUCCGAGAGAAACAGAUGGGGUUAGUGGAGAACAUGAUGGAGUUUGCUAAAGCCCUAGCUCCUGCAUGCCAGAGCCCAGCAUCAGAGGAAAACGCCAGCUCGCGUUUUACCACAGAAGAAGCCACAGCGCUCAUAAGCUACGUCAAGAAUAGUUUGUUUCAGAAAUACAGACUCUACGAACUUCUCCUCAGCACACCCAGAGAGGAGAUGCUGACCAGCAUGGAGAGGACAAUCGAGGUGUUCGGCUGCCAGGAUGCCCUCAGCCCACUGGAGGAAGGCAUUUCCACUCACCUCUGCUCUGAUAUUCACAAGAACGAAGAGGCCCAGGUCAGCGACAGCCUCCAGCCUGAAGAGGAAGAGCCUUUUGUCAGACCAGAGUGAAGGGAGUACUGUUCAAAUUAAAUUAAGUCUCAUCAACUUAUUUUCUACUGCAGUCUGACCCUGAGUGGUUUCCACUGUAUGUAAUAAAUAGUUGUCAAGUGCCCUCUUCUGGCAAAUAAUAUUCACUGCAGAUCCACCUGCAUGAUGAUAUGGUAGCGCUCAGGUAUGGAAAGACUUUUUGAAGCUAGGGACCAGUCAGUCAGGUGACUAGGUGACGCUGGAUAAUAGGAACUAACCACACCCACACCAUAACAGCAUUAUGGGCUUCAAAAAAAUGGGGUUUAGUCACGUUUUGCCUGAAAUAUGUAAUGAAGCUUAAUUUUUCAUUAGGAUAUGUGGACCUUUCUUUAUAUAAAUAAAUAUAAUAUAACUGUUUAAAACAUAAUUUGACGUAUCUAAAGCCACUGCAUUAGUUCAGCAGACAGUUGAUUAUCAUUGGUUGAUGCACAUGUAAUUGUACACUAGAUGGCAUCAUUCAUCUGCCACAGUUUCCGUCCACAUCUCACCUUUUUGUUCCACAGCAUAGAUCUGGAUGAUCUAUGAAUAGUAAUAGUAAAUUAAUAGAUCAACUACAUCAACCCUACUGGAGUAAGUUCUGAAAGGUUUCAAAUCAAAGCUAAAGUCACGUUUUUGGGCUGUAGCCUUAAUUCAAUAGAGAGGGUAUCUGUUAAACAACCAGUCGUCAAGUGACACAUAAAAGGCAGGUGAGGGUUCUGUUACUGGUCAUGAGCACUAAACUACUGUAACAACCAACGGUAGCAAUCAGUGAUCUGUGAAGGGGAGAACAGUGGGCCUCUGUACCCGGCCUGCCCGUUCCUGUUGUUGUGGGGUGGGAGUUUCCAGCUAUACAGCUCAGGGGAAGCACCACAGGAUGUCCUUUUCCUCAUUCCUCAAGGAUAGAAUGACUCUGUGUACACGUGUGUUACGAUGUGUAAAAUUACAUAGGCAAAAUGUUUGUACCGUUUCGUGAUUGACUGCUUUCCAUCAGCUCCACGUGACACGUGACCCGAAUCACACCCAGGCUUAAUAAAUAUGAAAUAAUAUUUACUGUCACUUUGACAUGUUGUAUGAUAUAUAUUUUACAUUAUUGGAUUGUUUAUAAUUCUGUCAUCUAAUUCUCCAUCUCUGUCUGCCAUAGAGUGAUUGUGUUCCCUAAAAUAAAAGAUGAGUAAGUAUAAGA